AAGUUUUAGUUAGCUUUCCUACUUCCUGUCCAGUACAUGCAUGCGAGCUCUUUUUUCGCCCCGAGAUAACACGGCAGGUCACACGACAGACCGUGAACAUACAUCUUGGAUUGUGUAACUUGCAAUUAUAAUUUUAUUUCAAGAAAUCAAUCUGUUUGGAAGUUCUAUUCAUUUGGAAGGAGCUCACCCUUCUGCUACAUCUGCAACCAUUCCUAUAUCGUAUCGAAACAUGGCAGAAAAGGAAACGAAUGUCGAGAUUGCCGCGUCUCCAAACGCGCCAGCUAUACCACCCUCCGAGGAAAUAGUCUCAAAAUCGAAGCAGUCUCUUUCCGAUAAGUUCACAAUUGUUAGUACUUCAAACCUAUGUUUCAAAGCCUCAAUGAAAUACAGACUUGAAAUAUCAGUUUCGGCCUACCUUUCGCUGGCACCACCUGAGUUCAACAUUCUCUAAUCUGGUGAUAUUAUUCUAGUUUGCUUCCGGAGCUGCCUUAGUGUCCGAUGGCUACUUCAACAAUAUCAUGACCAUGGCGAAUGUCAUCCUCAAGAAACAGUAUCCGAAGGAGUAUACAGCAGCAACGAGUACCCGUGUCUCAAAUGCUCUUCUGGUAGGAGAAAUUUUUGGUCAAGUGACUAUUGGGCUUACAUGCGAUUACUUUGGGAGAAAGUUCGCUAUCAUUGCUACCACUUUGAUGAUUGUUUUUGGUGGUGCUUUAGCUACAGCUUCCAAGGGGCUUACAAUUAAUGGGUAAGAUGAUUCUUUCUCCACUUUGGGUUCCUUCAUCGUGCGAAUUAUGGUCUUCAUUUGAAAGCUUCAGCGUUCAAAUGGAUCAUAUAUCAGAUAAAGUACAUUCGAGGUAGAGCAAUGUUUGAAAUGGGCUCCGGGAUCAAAACUUUCUUAUUGUUAAACUGUAUUCUGCACUAUCGGAAACACUAUCCAGCGCAGUAUUUUAAUUAGCUAACUCCCAUGUCUAGCAUGUUCUGGAUGAUGACUGUUGCACGGGGAAUUAUAGGGUUUGGUGUAGGUGGUAAGUUUUUUGGAACCCCGUACUAUCAGCCUUCAAUUAAUCGUUGCCUCCAGGUGAAUAUCCAGCAUCGUCUACAUCCGCCUCUGAGGCUGCAAAUGAGCAUGCUCCCAAAAAUCGCGGUCCAAUCUUCAUUCUCGUCACGAACCUUCCACUGUCCUUUGGUGGCCCGCUAGCUGUGUCAAUCUUCCUUAUCGUACUCGCAGCAUGCGAUUAUAAGCACUAUAACACAGUAUGGCGGGUAUGCUUUGGUCUGGGUUGUAUUCUCCCCUUAUCAGUCUUCUACUUCAGAAUAAAAAUGCUCAACAGUACACUGUAUCGCCGAGGAGCUAUUAAAAAAGACGUUCCAUACAAACUUGUGUUCCGUUACUACUGGAAAUCUCUCAUCGGAACAUGUGGCGCCUGGUUCCUCUACGAUUUUGUAACAUUUCCCAAUGGCGUCUUUUCAGGCACAAUCAUCGCCUCUGUCGUUCCUUCGAAUCCUAGCACUGUCGUUCUCAAAACUGGGGAAUGGAAUCUGUUACUCGGAACCAUUGCGCUACCUGGUGUCAUUAUCGGUGCAUUACUUUGUGAUCGCAUCGGUCGAAAAAAUACAAUGAUGAUAGGAUUCUUUGGAUACCUAAUGUUUGGUCUCAUAAUCGGGCUAUCCUACCACAAAAUCACCAAAAUCGUCCCUCUCUUUGUAGUUUUCUACGGCUUGAUGCAAAGUUCCGGAAAUCUAGGGCCUGGAGACAUGCUAGGACUGAUCUCAUCCGAAACUUAUGCCACCUCUGUAAGAGGAACUUGCUAUGGAAUUUCCGCCGCGCUGGGCAAAGUUGGUGCAGCAGUGGGUACCCAAGCUUUUACUCCCAUUCAAAUCCAUUUGGGAAAGCAGUGGACCUUUAUCAUCGCGGCUAUUUGUGGCGUGGCUGGAAUUCUCGUUACGUAUUUCUUUGUAGAAGAUAUUACUGGUGAGGAUUUGAGUGUUAGAGAUGAGAAAUUUAGAGCAUAUUUGGUAGCUAAUGGUUGGGAUGGAGAGAUGGGAGAGGAUGAUUUGAAGGCGUUGGCGGAGGAGGGUGUAGUAACAGAAAUGGAGGUGGAGGGAAAGUAAGAUUGGCACAGACGUUUGUGAUGAUCUAAAAUAAACUGGAGGAAUGAAGUUAAUGAUCGGAAAGUUGUAUUAUCUUUAGCUCGUUGGAAGUAAAUGAACAAGU